AGCUCACGUCUGAGUGGCGGCCACUACGAUGCCAAAGUGGGCAGCCAACAUCGCAGGGACGCCUUCAGUUCCGAGGGCUCGGAAUCACCCCUGGGCAGCCACGGCGGAGCCUUCUCGAGCAGUAGUGCAGCCGAGGACCAGCAACGUGAGAUGCCAGCACGGUUUGCAGAUCAGCACGUUCGACGGACACCGGUGGAUGCUGGCUCGGUAUCGGAACCAUGCCAAUCUGAUACCUACCUCAAGCGUGAGUCUGAUCUCCUCAACAUCUUUGGUCUUAGACAAACCUUUUUUGAAUAA